AUGACCGGGCUCGAGGAUUACCUCAAUUUCGUUCGUCCUUGUCUAAGCUCCGCGCAACUGACAUACCCUCCUGAGGGCUGGGCCAACUAUUUGCACUGGCUAAACAGUCUUUCUCAACUUCCAGUGAACCCGACCCGAGAAAAUCCUCCUCCCGAAGACCCCAAUCCUGGUGACCUAAGUCCGUAUGUAAAGAAUGGCGGUUGCCGACACGUCUUUAUUACCUCAGGAGGCACAAGCGUCCCACUAGAACGUAAUACAGUCCGGUCCAUCGAAAACUUUAGCACGGGAAGAAGAGGCGCCGAGUUGGCUGAAACCUUUCUUGAACACGGGUGGAAGGUAACCUAUUUAUACAAAUCCGGGAGUCACAAGCCGUAUAUUCGUCAUGGGAUAAGGGCAAUCGAGACAGGAGACGUAGCAACCGUUCAAGAGAUUAUGGAGACAUAUACGAGACAUCGCGACAACCUUUACCUUCUUCAAUAUACAACACUCGGCGAGUACUUCCACCUUUUGGGAUACGUGCUCAAUACCAAGGCGCAGUCUAUUGUGUUUCUCGCUGCGGCUGUAGCUGACUUUUACAUCCCCUACAAUGACAUGGUCGAACAUAAAAUCCAGAGCCGACAGACGGAUUUCUCUUUGCACUUAUCCAAGACGCCGAAAGCCUUGCCGCUCAUCCGGAAGCUCGCGUCCGGCCAGUACUUGGUGACCUUCAAACUCGAAACAGAUAUCGGUAUCCUGAAGACCAAAAUGCUUGAGCAGCAUGCGACUGCCGACUCCGACAUGAUAGUUGGCAACUUGCUGGCAACCAGGUAUCAGGAAGUUAGUCUGCUCUACAAAUGCAACGACGGUAGCACACAUCUCGACGAUCGACCCCAAGCCCUGAGGUCGGCCGACAUCGCCCGGCUGGUUAUGGAACAUGCUUCGGCAGGGUAG